AUGGGUUCUUGUUCUUUGUUGUCUUUCUCGUUCUCGAUCAUUGUUAUGACCGUUCUUGCUUCAAAAGACAAGAAUGAGUUAAUAAAAAGUGAUCAAAUCUCUUUGCUUUCUUUCAGAUCAUCCAUUGUUUCAGACCCUCACAACUCUCUAAGCACGUGGGUCUCUUCAACUUCAUCAUCAUCAUCUGUUGAUGUUUGUAACUGGUUCGGUGUGAGGUGUAACAACGACAGCACUCGAGUAAUCGAACUCGACAUCAGCGGCCAAGAUCUCAGAGGCGAAAUCUCACCGUCGAUCGCAAACCUAACCGCUUUAACCGUUCUUGAUCUCUCAAGAAACUCAUUCACAGGAUUAAUCCCACGUGAGAUUGGCUCAUUACAUAAAACCUUGAAGCAGUUAAGUCUCUCUGAGAAUCUCUUACAAGGAAACAUUCCACAUGAGCUUGGUUCGCUUAACCGUCUUGUUUAUCUCGACCUCGGAACCAACCGGUUAACCGGUCAAAUCCCGGUUCAGCUCUUUUGCAACGGCUCUUCUUCAUCUCUACAAUACAUUGAUAUCUCCAACAAUUCUCUAACCGGAGAAAUCCCUCUGAAGAACCAUUGUCACCUCAAAGAACUUCGGUUUCUACUUCUCUGGUCGAACAAGCUCGUCGGGGACGUACCUUCUUCGCUUUCAAACUCUACAAAUCUCAAAUGGAUCGACCUAGAGUCAAAUCUCUUAACCGGAGAGUUACCUUCUAAAGUCAUAAGCAACAUGCCACACCUUCAAUUUCUUUACCUUUCUUAUAACCAUUUCAUUAGCCACAAUAACAACACCAACCUCGAACCGUUUUUCGCCUCUCUCGCCAAUUCCUCUGACCUACAAGAGCUAGAAUUAGCCGGAAACAGCCUCGGAGGAGAGAUAACUUCUUCCUUAAGGUACCUCUCUGUGAAUCUUGUGCAGAUUCAUCUCGACCAAAACCGUAUCCAUGGCUCUAUACCUCCAGAUAUAUCAAACCUUUUGAACCUUACCCUUUUAAACUUGUCUAGUAACCUUUUAACCGGUCCACUCCCUCGUGAGCUCUGCAAGCUAAACAAGCUUGAAAGAGUUUAUCUCUCGAAUAAUCUCUUAACCGGUGAAAUCCCUGCAGAGCUUGGGGAUAUACCUCGUCUAGGUCUUCUUGAUUUGUCUAAAAACAAGCUUUCCGGUUCGAUCCCGGAUAGUUUCGCUAAUCUUUCUCAGCUGAGAAGACUUCUUCUCCACGGAAACCAUCUCUCUGGAACUGUCCCUCAAAGCCUUGGAAAAUGUAUCAAUCUUGAGAUUCUUGACCUCUCUCACAACAACCUCUCAGGGAAGAUUCCUGUUGAGGUAGUCUCCAAUCUCAGAAACCUGAAGAUUUACCUCAACCUCUCAAGCAACCACUUAACCGGGGAGAUUCCUUUGGAGCUAAGCAAAAUGGAUAUGGUUCUCUCCAUUGAUCUAUCUUCCAACGAACUCUCGGGGAAGAUUCCGCCUCAGCUCGGAAGCUGCAUUGCGUUGGAGCAUCUGAAUCUUUCAAGAAACGGUUUCUUUGGUGCUUUACCAGCUUCAUUAGGCCAACUGCCUUAUCUAAAAGAGCUAGAUGUGUCCUUAAACCGAUUAACCGGAGCAAUACCGCCUUCUUUUCAACAGUCUUUGACUCUCAAGAACUUGAACUUCUCCUUCAACAUGUUCUCAGGAAAUGUAUCUGACAGAGGAUCAUUCUCUAAGCUGACUAUUGAGUCUUUUCUUGGAGAUACUCUCUUGUGUGGCUCUGUAAAAGGGAUGCAGAACUGCAAGAAGAAACACAAGUACCCUGUUGUUCUUCUACCGGUUCUGUUAUCGCUGAUAGCAACUCCUUUUCUGUGUGUUUUCGGGUACCCUUUGGUCCGAAGAUCAAGAUUUGGAAAGAAUCUAACAGUGUACGACGAAGAAGAGGUGGAAGAUGAGGAGAAACAGAACAGAAAGGACCCAAAGUACCCAAGAAUAUCAUAUCAGCAGCUCAUUGAAGCAACGGGAGGGUUCAGCUCUUCUAGCCUGGUCGGUUCAGGGAGAUUUGGUCAUGUUUACAAGGGAGUUCUCAGGAACAACACGAAGAUCGCGGUUAAAGUACUUGAUCCAAAGACAGCAGUGGAGUUCUCAGGGAGUUUCAAAAGAGAAUGUCAGAUCUUGAAGAGGACAAGGCACAGGAACUUGAUCAGGAUCAUCACAACUUGUAGCAAACCUGGUUUCAAGGCUCUUGUUCUACCGUUGAUGCCAAAUGGGAGCUUGGAGAGACACUUAUACCCGGGAGAGUACUCCAGCAGAGACUUGGAUUUGAUUCAGCUUGUGAGUAUCUGCAGUGAUGUUGCGGAAGGAAUAGCUUACUUGCAUCACUAUUCACCUGUCAAAGUAGUUCACUGUGAUCUAAAACCAAGCAACAUCCUUCUUGAUGAUGAAAUGACAGCUCUGGUUACUGAUUUUGGGAUCUCAAGAUUGGUUCAAGGCAUUGAAGAUACGGUCUCUACUGAUGAUUCAGUCUCAUUUGGCUCAACAGAUGGAUUGUUAUGCGGAUCAGUAGGUUACAUUGCACCAGAAUAUGGGAUGGGAAGACGAGCAUCUAUACAUGGAGAUGUGUACAGUUUUGGAGUUCUCUUGCUAGAGAUUGUGAGUGGAAGGCGACCAACGGAUGUUGUUGUCAAUGAAGGAUCAAGCUUACAUGAGUUUAUAAAGUCCCAUUACCCUAAUUCUCUAGAGGGGAUAAUCCAACAAGCUUUGAUCAGAUGGAAGCCGCAGGGGAAGCCAGAGAAGUGUGAUAAGCUUUGGAGAGAAGUCAUAUUGGAAAUGAUUGAAUUGGGGUUGGUAUGUACUCAGUAUACUCCUUCAACUAGGCCUAACAUGCUUGAUGUUGCACAUGAGAUGGGAAGGCUGAAAGAGUAUCUCUUUGCUUGUCCUUCUCUUCUGCAUAAUCAACCUCAAGAAGCACAAGGAGAAGCUAGUUCCUGAUGAUGGUUUCUGAAUCAAUGUUUCAGAAAGUUUUGAUGAUUGUUUAUUCUUUUUUCUUGGUGAUUUUUGUUGGAUUCUUGAGUUUAAUUGUUUAAAAAUGAGUGGAAAUUUGUGGAUUAAAGUCUUUGAUUUAUGUCUUCCCUUUUGGUUUAAGAUCCGCAAACCAAUAUCUUCUGAUCAAGAAUCAGCCAACCAAAUCUUCUAUUUCACAUUCAUUAGUUAACUAUUUUUAUAUUAAAGAUUUGGUGGGUUUAUUUGUAAUCAUGAUCAUAGCUAAUGUAUGUGCUAUGAUUCUAGCAAUAAAGCUUCUCCUAAUCUUCCAUUACAUUAUAAUCUAAUAAUC